AUGGAUGUGUUGAAACGUUUGGAUUUUGUAUUUAAUUUGCACGAAGCUGUCCUUCCUACGGGUUAUCGAAAGUCGUUAAUUUUUCAACUUCUUCCUGACGUUAUACCACAAAAAAGUACAAGGAAUAUCGUUAUUGUGGUGUGUCCUUUAUCUUCAAUUAUGGAAGACCAAGUGCAGUUUUUAAACAGUGUUGGUAUUUCAGCAAUGUCACUUCAUUGCAAUAAUAGUUCCACAAGCUCUUAUGAAAGUUUGUUUGCCGAAAUGAAAACUCAUGAAGAAAUCAAUAUAUCAAAAAAGGUGCAAGAAGGGGAUAUAAAUCUACUCUUCGCUCAUCCAGAGGCAAUACUUUCCGAGCAAGGCAGAAAUUUAUUAAAGUCAACUGUGUAUCAAGAUAAUUUUGUUGGAAAUGUUAUUGACGAGGCCCAUUGUGUAGAAUUUUGGGGAGAAGAAUUUAGAAAAGAUUUUAAAGAACUUUCCACAGUGCGCACUUAUUUUCCAAAAGCAUCUAUGUUAGCCCUUACUGCAACUGCCUCACCUCAUCAUAUAACAAGUUUAGUGAAGUCAUUGAAUAUGUCAACAGCAAAAGUUAUCAGAGUAAAUCCCAACCGCAAAAACAUAUUUCUUGACAAAAAGAUCCGCAAAAGUAAUGCUUCUGGAUUCGAAAGCUAUGAGAAUAUAUUUUUACCUAUAGCAAAUUCAUUAAAUUCAGUAAGAGAACAAUUUCCAAUGAAAAUCAUUUAUAUGAAAUUAAAAUAUUGUGGUCUUGCCUUUAAUCUAUUUGAAAGAAUUUUAAGCACAUUUCAAUACGUGGGAUUUGACACCAUCUAG